UGUAACUCAAGGACUUUCCUUUUAGAUCUUUAUCCUUUUUUUUACCUAGUUAAUUAUCGAAUAGAUAUUAUUCGCAGGCCGAUAGUCUUCGUUGCUAGUGGCUUUAAACUGUAAUAUAAUUAUUUAUAAUUAUCUUAAUAAAUAAAUAAAAUCUACACUCGGCGGUAGUUUAAUGGUGGAAACCUUAAUAACACAUAUGUGUCAGUCCUCUGAUAAAUGGAAAGCUGUCGGUGAAGCGUCAGCUCAAAUUAUGACAAAACUAGAUACUUACAACAGAUGCUCCGUGGAAAAUGAAUUCGGAGUAGGUUAGGUUUAGCGGAUCAAAAUUCCGCACUCCGGCUUUCGGUACUUCCCCUUACUGUAGUAAAGUACAUACUCGUACAUACAUUUACCCUACAAGACGGAGGUUACCAAUUUACUACUACACUUGUAAAAUUUCACCUCUUACACAACUACAUAUUCAAAGCUAACUUUUUGUUUUUAAAUAGAAAAUUGUGUUGUAAGAGUAGCAACAUUUAGCAUGCAUCAUUUUAGAAUGCGAAUGAAUGCAACGAAUUAACAAUGGCCGGCAUUAUUUGGAAAAAAAUUUUGAGCGUUAUAAAGAAGUUAAGUUCUUGAAGUUUAUGGUGUUUCCAAAGAAUUUAUUAAAUAUAAUUGAAGAGGACGGAGGAAAACUCUCAUUGCGCUGCGCGAGCUGGAAAUCUCGUAGAAUCAAUUGUGUCGCUAUCGUGAAGCGUUGCGGGAUAUUUUUCUCAAUGGUGAGUCCAAGGGUGCGAAAGAUUUUUCACAUCAAUAAACGAAUGUUCACAGUCGCGCAAAGUGAACGUCCUACACAGAUGACACUCAAAACUUUUGCUGGUGUGUCGUCAGAGAACGUAACAUUGGAUGUGCGGAACGUCUACUAUGAGAUGCCCGAUUUCAAUCCAACGCAUUUCGCUAUGGUUGCUGCGUAUCGAAUUGAAAUAUAUCAAGUGUUGCGCAUAGAGGCUGUGCGUAAAUCGGUUGAGAAGGAAACUAAUGCUGUGCUGAAGUUCUACUGCUUGUACGUGAACUAUCAUCCUUUGGCCUUGUGUGAGGUAAUGACUGCUUACUGAAUACAAGUAAGUAAAUUAUAUAACUUUCUUAGAUGUUAUAGGUAUAUAAUUGAAGCCAUACAUCGGCAUCAUAAUAAUAUAUAAUUAUGAAUAGUUUAAUCAUAACAGGCCAAUAUUUUAUAUUUCUAUGUUGAACAUGUACUUACUUUAUUUAUUGGAAUUUUUAUUAAAAAUUGUAUCUUCUGUUUCAUUUAUGAACAAAAUUGGAAGCUUUUGUUUUGUAUUA